AUGAAACAAAAAGAGAAGUUUGAGAAGCUAGUGGUUAAAGUUCAGAAGGAAGACGCUACUGUGGAUCCAAAACAAGUAAUGGUGAAUCUCUCGCCAGAAGUAGCUGUUUCAGUUCUGGGCAAAGGGCUGAAUUUCACAACUACACUGAAGAGAAUACCUGUUGAAGAAAUUGUAAGUGCUGUUGAAGCACCCUUGUUUUGUCUUCCAAAGGUGCAGGCCAAAGAAGUAAGACAAGAUGUGUCAAGAGUUCUACGGAACUCGAAACCUCCGAAAAGCAACACAUUGGUGCAGGAAAGGAAAUCUCUUAUUGAACUCACAAGAAACAAAAGCAUCAUUGUAAGAAAAUUGGAUAAGGGGAAUGCUACUGUUAUUUUAGACACUGUGGAUUAUCACAGGAAGAUGGAACAACUACUAGCUGAUCCUGUGUAUCGCAAGUUAAAAUGCGAUCCAGCGAACACAAUCAUUCGGAAAGUGAAACACCUGAUAUCAGUCUCCAGAUUAGACAGCUCUAUUACAAAGAAUCUAACUCCUUGA